AUGAGAAGGCACGUCCAACAGGUAUUUCAUCCCAGCCUGUUCAACAGUAGACCAAGAAGUUCAUCUUUGGGAAAAAUACCUUAUGAAGGUGGACAUGACACCAAUGUACCCACUAUUAAACCUUGCCCACCUGAUUGGCAAAGAGUACCAACAAUGAGCAGCAGCAAGAGAAAAAAAAUGUCAGAAUCACCACCUCCUUCCACAAUUCCCGUGACCAAUAGAUACAGCGAAUUGCCAAUAGAUCCCACAGAUGACACUCAUCAAUCUCUAGAGAAAAGACAAAGCAAGCCGCCCCCAAUAGUACUCUAUCGUGUAGAAGAUAUCAAUAAGCUGGCUGAACUGCUGAACACUGUUACUAGCAGGGAAAACUUUACGUUCAGAAUUGUGAAUAAAACCCAGAUGCGGGUCAACUGUCCAGACCCAGAUGUCUACAAGAAAGUUAUACAAGUAAUCCGUGUAAAUGGGCUUAUUGGACACUCUUUCAACACAAAACAAGACCGCUGCUAUAGAAUUGUUAUUCGCAACCUUCACCACACUACUCCUCAUGAGGCUAUAAAGGAUGAAAUAGAAAAAACAGGAAAUGUGGUGUCAGGAGAAAUUAUCAACUCAAAGUAUGGUCCAGAAAAGAAAAGUACUUCUACAUUUUUUGUAAAUUUGCAGCCAGGACCACAAAACAAAGCUGUAAAGGAAAUUAAGUACAUUUACAACCAAGUAGUGGUUAUCGAAGACCCCAAGAAAAGAAAUACCAUUGUGCAAUGUCAACGAUGCCAGCAGUAUGGACAUACUAAGAAUUACUGCAUGAGACCCUACCGCUGUGUUAAAUGUAAAGAACCACACAAAACUUCAGAAUGUGCUAAGCGUGACCGUAACACACCAGCUCAGUGUGUAUUGUGUGAUGGCCCACACCCUGCCAAUUAUAAGGGAUGUCGAGUUUAUCAAGAAAUAGCAGCAAGAAAAACCAACCAGCAAAUUGGCAGAAACAAGUAUAAACCAAAAAUUGACACACAGGUUGGGGAACCAAGGACACCUGGUGCUAACUUGGCAACAAGAGAAAAGUGGUCAUACUUAGAGGCACUAAAAUCCAACCAGGCAGCAGAAGAACACAACACAUUUACAAAACCCUCAACCGCUAAUUCUAGAUUAGAAGACUUACUUUUAAAACAAGCUGAAAAGUUUGACAUUAUCCUCCAACAAAUGAGCACCUUGAUGGGCCUCAUAGUAACACUUGUCAACAAAUUACAGAACUGA